AUGGCACAAGUCUUGUUGCAUGGAGUUCUUCACGUGACAAACUAUGAGAUAGAUAAACUUUCAAGUGGAACCUCAUUUUUUCUUCAGCUUAUUGAGAAAUUUGAAGAAAUAGUAGGGUUUCGGAAAGGUACUUCAAAACUUUAUGCAACAAUAGAUUUAGAAAACUCUAGAUCAGUUGGCAGCACUAGAGUUCUUGAAUGCAAAACCUGGAAUCCGCGGUGGUACGAGUCCUUUGACAUUUACUGUGCUCAUAAGGCAUCUAAUGUUGUCUUCACCAUCAAACAAGACAAGCCCAUCGGCGCAGAAGUGAUUGCAAGAGCUUAUUUGCCUGUUGAUGAACUUCUCAGUGGUAAAGAAGUGGACCAAUGGCUUCAUCUCAUGGAUCACAAGCAUAAGCCUUUACAUCAUGGUUCCAAAAUCCAUGUGAGGGUACGUUUUUGUGACGUCUCUAAAGACAUUAACUGGUCGAAAGGAAUCGGAAGUCCGAAAUUUCCAGGAGUUCCUUAUACAUUCUUUCCUCAGAGGAAUGAUUGUAGAGUUACCCUUUACCAAGAUGCUCAUGUCCCAAACAAAUUUUUACCCAAAAUUCCUCUUGAUGGGGACAAGUGUUAUGAGCCUAAUAGAUGUUGGGAAGAUAUUUUUGAUUCUAUUUGUCAUGCAAAACACUUGAUCUACAUUGCUGGCUGGUCCGUCUAUACCAGAAUUACCUUGGUAAGAGACGCUGGGAGGAAAAUGAAUGGAGGUGAUAUGACACUCAGAGAGCUUCUUAUAGAGAAGGAGAGAGGAGUUCGCGUGAUAAUGCUUGUUUGGGAUGACAGAACUUCUUUGAAGUUGCUUAAGAAAGAUGGACUAAUGGCUACACAUGAUGAAGACACUGAGAGUUACUUCGAAAACACCAGCGUUCACUGUGUGUUGUGUCCCCGGAAUCCAGACAACGGACAAAGCAUUAUCGAAGGGUUGGCGGUUUCGACGAUGUUUACUCAUCACCAGAAGAUUGUGGUAGUGGACAGUGAGACUGUUGAUGGGAUGUCAAACAAAAGGAAAAUUGUGAGCUUUAUUGGUGGUAUUGAUCUUUGUGAUGGGAGGUACGACACUCCUUUUUAUUCAAUUUUCCGGACUCUGGACACGGCCCACCAACAUGAUUUCCAUCAACCUAAUUUCCAUGGUGCCUCAAUUGCUAAAGGUGGGGCAAGAGAGCCUUGGCAUGACAUUCAUUGCAGAUUAGAAGGGCCAAUUGCCUGGGACGUUUUGUGCAACUUUGAGCAAAGAUGGAGAAAACAAGGCCACAAGGACUUGCUUCUUGAAUUAAGAGAAUUGGGCGACACUUUUGUACCUCCAUCUCCAGUUAUAUUUUCCGAAGAACAAGAGACUUGGAAUGUUCAAUUGUUCCGAUCCAUUGACGGCGGAUCUGCUUUCGGGUUUCCUGAAUCUCCACAUGAUGCUGCUGAAGCAGGUCUUGUUAGUGGGAAAGAUGGUGUAAUCGAUAGAAGCAUUCAGAGUGCGUAUAUCAACGCCAUUCGACGAGCAAAAAAUUUUAUCUACAUCGAGAAUCAGUAUUUUCUUGGAAGUUCCUUUGGCUGGAGCUCAAACGAAAUUAAGGCUGAUGAGGUUGAGGCUUUGCACCUCAUUCCGAAUGAGCUGUCUUUGAAGAUUGUGAGCAAGAUUGAAGCUGGAGAGAGAUUCACCGUCUACGUUGUAAUUCCCAUGUGGCCAGAGGGUAUCCCGGAGAGUGGUUCUGUUCAGGCAAUACUAAAUUGGCAGAAGAUGACAAUGGAGAUGAUGUACAAAGACGUUCUUCAGGCUCUUCAUGCGAAAGGACUUGAUGCAAACCCUAAGGACUACUUGGCAUUCUUUUGCCUCGGUAAUCGCGAGAUGAAAAAGCAUGGAGAGUAUGAGCCUCCAGAAAAACCGGAGCAUGGGUCGGAUUACAGCAGAGCUCAACAGUACAGAAAGUUCAUGAUUUAUGUUCAUGCCAAGAUGAUGAUAGUUGAUGAUGAAUACAUAAUCAUUGGAUCAGCCAACAUAAAUCAAAGAUCAAUGGAUGGUGCGCGAGACACGGAGAUUGCGAUGGGAGCCUACCAACCUCAUCGCCUUUCGACCACGGAGCCAGCCAGGGGGCAAAUCCACGGCCACAGAUUGGCAUUGUGGUAUGAACACAUGGGAAAGCUUGAUGGCAUAUUCCUCAAACCGGAGAGCGUCGAAUGUGUUCGUAAGGUGAACCAGAUCGCGGAGAAUAACUGGGAUCUCUACUCUUGCGAGACCUUUGAUGAUGACUUGCCAAGCCACUUGCUCAGCUACCCCAUUAGAGUUAACGAAAACGGUGAAGUGACAACUCUACCCAACACAGAAUAUUUUCCGGAUACUAAAGCUCGAGUUCUUGGCUCCAAAUCGGAGAUACUUCCUUCAAUACUCACUACUUGA